GGAGGUGAGUCUGUGAACAAGAGGGAACUAAUAAACUUGAACUAAUGACAGUUUAAAUUUUACUAGAUAUGGAAGAAUGUGUGAAAUGUCCACUUCAUCAAUAUGCCAACAUUCAGCAAAACCACUGCCUCCAAAAAUCGGUGACUUUUCUGGCUUACGAAGACACCUUGGGAAUGACACUGGCUGGCACAGCCCUGAGUUUCACUAUUCUCACAGUUACUGUUCUUGGGCUCUUCGUGAAACACCGAGACACUCCCGUGGUCAAGGCCAAUAACCGGGCACUCAGUUACAUUCUGCUCAUCUCCCUCUCCUUCUGCUUUCUCUGCUCCUUACUCUUCAUUGGCCGUCCUAACACGGCCACCUGCAUCCUCAGGCAGACCACAUUUGGAGUUGUGUUUACUGUGGCUGUUUCCACUGUCUUGGCCAAAACCAUUACUGUGGUUCUGGCUUUUAAGAUCACUCUACCAGGCAGAAGGAUGAGGCAGGUGUUACUAUCAGGGGCACCCAACUCCAUCAUUCCCCUCUGCUCCCUGAUUCAAUUCACUCUCUGUGGAAUCUGGAUGGGAACAAAUCCACCCUUUAUUGACACAGAUGUACACUCUGAACAUGGCCGCAUCAUCAUUGUGUGCAACAAGGGCUCCCUCGCUGUCUUCUACUGUGUCUUGGGAUACUUGGGCUCCCUGGCCCUGGCAAGCUUUACUGUUGCUUUCAUGGCCAGAAACCUACCCGACACAUUCAAUGAAGCCAAGUUCCUGACAUUCAGCAUGGUGGUGUUCUGCAGUGUCUGGAUCACUUUCCUCCCUGUGUACCACAGCACAAAAGGGAAGGUCAUGGUGGCCAUGGAGGUCUUCUGCAUCUUGGCCUCCAGUGCUGGCCUGCUAGGCUGCAUCUUUGCCCCUAAGUGCUACAUUAUUUUGUUAAGGCCAGAUAGAAAUUCCUUACAUGAAUUCAGAGAUAAAACACACUCUGGGAGAAAGAAGCCUUCUUAAGUUAAAGCACAUCUUUUUCCUAAAAUAUGUGGAGGGUCAACACAAAUCUGCACUAUUUUUUUCUUUUGGCAGUCAGAUAUUAAAUUACAAGAUGCUCUUGACUUAAGUGAACAACUGACCCUUCUUUUCAUAAUUUUUUCAUAGGGUAACUCUCGCCUGCAGAUCACUAUAUUUUUGAAUUGCCUUAAUUUUUUUCUCUUCAAGGAGAACCAUGAUUUAUAAUUUGCUGGUUUUAUAGUAUGUUUUUAUAGCUUGCUAUGUAUUUCUCUAACAAUCGCCUUUUAAUAUUCUGGCUGGUUACAUGUUAUAACAAAAACUAUUGAAUUUUAAGUGGCAAUGUACUGAAUUUAUACAAAUGUUAAUUUAGGGGAUGAACAUGUAGUGUGCUGUUGUAAGUUUUUCUAUCAAUGUUGGCUAAAUAUUUCCAUUUUCUUGCUUAAUCUUCCUUUAUUAAUAUGAGACAUGUAUCUAUAUAUCUGUACCUUAUUUUGUAUAUAUUACAUUCAUA